CAAAGCCCCUGAUUGGCCAGUCCCUCCGAGGCUCCCUAUUGGCGGAUUCGGACCAAAGGCGACGGAUGUAGAAAGCAAAAUGGAGGAUUACUUACGUAUAGAAAAGCUUGGAGAGGGAACAUAUGGCGUGGUAUACAAAGCCAAGAACCGCAAAAGUGGGAAGUUUGUGGCCAUGAAAAAGAUCAGACUGGAGAAUGAGGAAGAAGGUGUCCCCUCCACAGCUAUCAGAGAAAUCUCUCUCCUGAAAGAACUUCAGCAUCCCAACAUUGUCCUACUAGAAGAUGUAUUGAUGCAGGAGAGCAAACUUUUCCUUGUGUUCGAGUUCCUCAACAUGGAUUUGAAGAAAUAUCUUGACUCUUUUGAAUCUGGCAAAUAUGUAGAUAAGAAACUUGUGAAAUCUUACUGCUACCAGCUUUUCCAAGGAAUUCUCUAUUGCCAUCAGCGAAGGGUGCUCCACAGAGAUCUCAAACCACAGAAUCUCCUCAUCAAUGAGCAGGGCGUCAUAAAGAUUGCUGAUUUUGGCCUUGCUCGCGCAUUUGGAAUCCCAGUGAGAGUGUAUACACAUGAGGUUGUGACUCUGUGGUAUCGAGCUCCAGAGGUCCUUCUUGGUUCCUCUCGAUACUCCUGUCCUGUUGAUGUUUGGUCUCUUGGCUGUAUAUUUGCCGAGAUGGUUACUAAACGGCCACUGUUCCAUGGUGACUCAGAGAUUGACCAGCUCUUCAGGAUAUUCAGAACCUUAACAACCCCCACAGAAGACAACUGGCCUGGUGUAACACAACUGCAGGACUACAAGGCCAAUUUCCCCAAGUGGACUGAUUACAAUCUUGGAAAUUCCGUCAAACAGAUGGACAGCGAUGGCUUGGACCUUUUAUCGAAAACACUGAUCUACGAUCCGACUCGAAGGAUUUCUGCCAAGGAGGCCCUGAAGCACCCCUACUUUGAUGAUCUCGACAAGUCCACUCUUCCAGCCAAGAAUUAAACCUUAAUUUAGAGGACAUUUAUCUUUUCUCCACUUUCCUUUUUUUAAUACUAUCAUCAUCAUUGUCAUAUUUUUAUAUUCUAUUGGAUGUGUAACUUCUGAACAAAAGUUUCUAAGGGGCAGGACUUUUUUACCAUUCGGGCCAUAUUUACAACUAUGUUCAUGUCUGUCAGAUGUGUACUACCAAAUUAUGGUAGUCACCAUCACUACUUGUGAAUGUCUGAUUGAACAGAUAUAUAUUUGCAUGGUUUAUGACCACUGUUAUUGCUCCUUUUACUUUGUGUUAGCAUUCCACCAAGGUGGAAGAAACAUAUGCAGGACUGUGUGCUUUAAGUGCACGCUUUCAGUCUGAUAAACAAUUCUUCUGUUUUCUCUAUUCAAGCUCUUCUUUGUAGCUCUGUCCUUUUGUAUUAUAGUUUUAGGUCUGCACACUAUAUAUAAUUAUACAGAACAAUACAUAACAGUAUAAAAGGUGAAGUGUCUUUCAAUUAUAAUUGUUGGGCAAUAAAAGUUAUUCAAAUAU